CUUCGACGCCCUUGUGCCUCCAAAAGAAAGGGAAAGAAACGCGCCGAACGCCCCUGCCUCUCCUCCUCCCUCCAUUCCUCUCCUCGUCUGUCCGCAGCGUGCUCCGGCCGCGGCGCCGCCGCCUUGAUCGCCGACAAUAGCACCGCCUGCGAAUCGCUUCUCUCUCUGUCCUCUCCUAUUUUGUUCACGGUUGCCUGCCAUUAUCUUUGCUGUUGUGUGCUUUCGAUCUAUCUCGUUGAGUUGCCUUCCACCUGUUCGAUCAUAGGUCUAGCUGCCUGAUUGUCCGAAAGUCGAGGAGAAGCCUAGAAGGUAGGUCUAGCUGCCUGAUUGUCCGAAAGUCGAGGAGAAGCCUAGAAGAUGAAUUGAAGCAAUGUUAGGAGUGAUGCAGAAGUUCGUUCUUGCAUCCAUGAUCAUGUUGGUGGCUCCAAUUGCAAUAUUGUAUCGAUUUAAUUAUCAUAUUUUUCCUGGUUCAGGUCAGCUUUCAGUGUCGUCUCAAACACUGUUAAGUGGAUUCCUUGCUGUUAUAUCAGUGAAUCUAGUGAUUGUACUGUAUAUCAUUAUGGCCACGAAGGAACCUGCCAAUCAUGAGCCCCAGCCAGAUCCAGCAUUUUUAGCCAAGGCCAAAGCCAGCAUUAACCAAUCUGGAACCACAAGAAGCAAUCAUGAUGCCCAACCCCAAGAAAAAGCGGAGUAAGGAUCAAUGUCAGCACAAUUUGAUUACCUUACAAUUUGAACUGUUCGCUGAUUUCACUUACAUAUCUCCCAUCAUAAAGAAAAUUGUACAAUAUUGGUAAUCAGUAUGCUAUUUUACAAUUCUAUGCUUUCAAUUAGAUUGUAUUGGUGCAAAUGGAGUAACUUUGACUUCAAAUGGUUUUUAUAUAAUAAAGUUUUCUGUAUCCUAGCAGUUUUGAAGCAA